AAUCCGAGUUCAGCCGAAGUGAGUCAAGCACUCGGCGCGAACCGUACGUUAAUCGAAUAAGUAUAGAGUGUGCCCAGCCCUGCAUUCAAAGACCAUGAGAGUAAGGUCUAUUACUCUUGUUGGCUUAAAUUAAUAGUUCAUUUUUAAUUUUUUUUAACUGUUAAGUCUUCUUGUAUGCAAUCUCGCAACGUCCAGUCAAUGUGUUUUUUUUUCGUACUAUGUACAGUACUAAAAAGUUUUGUCACACAGUUUGAUUCUGGGUGUGGUUACAUAUAGCGUAAGAUCGACUCUACGUUUUUAGAUAUUAUUAAAUCAAAUUGUCUCAUCUAGCUCCAAAAACUAACAACCAAAAAAAGUAAUAUUCAGAAAAAAAAAAAAAAACUCAACGAGAUGAAGAAAAGAAGCCUCUCUGGCAAUAUUGGAGUUGGAGUAUUUAUUAUUGGUUUAGUGUGUGUUUGUGUUGCAUUUUGUACGUCUUCAUGGCUUGUCAGUGAUAGUAGAUUGUCCGGAGCUACUUUAGAAUCAUUGGGCAUUUGGACACAUUGCUUUAGAUCAUUGCCUGAUCCAUCGAGAAGAGAUGAUCCAAAAAGAUACUUUGUUGGUUGUCGAUGGGUAUUUGAUAAAUUCACAGCUGGAUAUUCUGAUAUAAAAGGCUUUCUUUUCCCUCCUUUUAUGAUUGUGACUGAGUUUUUUUUUACACUCUGCCUUCUUUCGGUCUUGAUCUCAUUUGGUUUAAUUUCAUUGUUUACACAAUGCUGUGAUCCAGAACAAAAAAAAUACGUUAAACUAAUUCAGGUCAUUGGUUACACAUUAUUAUUUGGAGGUGUUUGCGGAUGUAUUGCUCUUAUAGUUUUUGCAUCAUUCGGUAAUACUGAAGGAUGGAUGCCAGGACAAAAAAAUAAUUUUUUCGGCUGGUCUUUUGUUGUGGGAAUUAUUGGCAGUGUCAUGACGUUAAUAGCUGCUAGUUUAUUUCUUGUAGAAGCAAAUAUACAAGAAAAAAAACGUAAAUAUUUAAAAGAAUCUCAGACUCGUUUUCAAAUGGAAUCGAGAACUUGAAAAGUUCCGAACAUAAUAAACAACAAAAGAAGCUAUUAAUUUUUAUUAUAUAUAAUAAAUAUAUUUAAGUCAUGAAUCUCAUGUUUUUGAGACAAACUAAAAUUUAUCUCAAAAUUUUUUUGCACCAACCAUAUAAUCAUAUGGUUAUUAAUUUUCUAUAAUUAAAAUAAGUUUCGAGAUUCACCUACUCAAUAGACAUUUAAUUGUUAUUUAAUCCGUCCUCAAGUACAACAUCAUAUUUUGUAAAACUAUGAAAUAAGUACCUUCAAUUUAAAAAACUGUUGAUAUAAGUAUUAUCUCAUGUAAAUUUUGUAUUUUUAUGACUAAUUUUAAUUUAAAAGGCGUUUAUUCAUAAAAUGUAUAUAAAUAUUUUUUUAAUAUUGUCAAAUGACUCGGCUAUUUUUUAGUUAAAAAAUACAUCAAGUAUAAUAUUACUUUAUUCGAUAACUAUUUAAUUUAUUUUUUACCUUUAUUUAAUACUUUAUAAGAAAAAGACACAAUAAGUACGCUCAAGUAGUGGUCAGUGCUCUUAUAAGAAUAAUAAAAACUUUUUGAUAUACUAUUUAUUAUAAGUUAGUAAGACGUCAAAAUAAUAAUAUGAAAAACUAAUGACAAAAAAAUUCUUAAAUAACGUAAACUAUCACCGCAUAAUGAGAGACAAGCCUCUUGAAUAAUUUGUACGCAUACAGCCUGAUGAUUCAGAGGGUGUGGCUGACAUAAUAGUAAUCUUGAGUUUUACUUUUGAAAAUAAAAUCUAUGGCAUACAUGCAUUUUGUAAUCUUAGAAUUUACAAAUAACUAUUUUCUAUUUUAUAAAUUUCUAUUUUAUCAGUUUGCUCAAUUUAGAAAUUGAGGUUGUUUUUAACUAAACUUUCCCGUAACUUAAUUUUUGAUAUUUUUUUUUUUUUAAAUUUUUAUAAAUGAAAUAAUUAUCAACUUGGUGCGAGGGGGAAGUCACUUGUGUAAUCUGGUGUACAUAGAGAAAGAAAUCUUCAAUAAUCUCUUGUAAUCUUACCAAAAUGAUUUCGAAAAAAUCGUGUAACUAUACCGCAAUCUUCGGUAUUCUUGUAAUCUUCUGUAAUCAACAAUAACCUUGAAAAAUCGCAUGUAAUCAGCAAUAGUCUUGAGUCGUAUAUUUGUAAUCUUGAUAUGAUUAUAGAAAAUUUCAGUAAUCUUUCCAACUCCUUGUCCGGAUCACGCAUGCGUUCGCAUAUUCAGUGAAUUUUUUUUUUUUACAUUUUAGCGCAAUAUGUGACUUAUUUUCUGUCGGUUUCUUAACAAUAAAUAAAGUUCAAUAAUUUAUGAUAUCUUGUCAGUGAAACCUUGUCAGUGAAAUCACAAAGAAUCUUGUAUAUGAUUUCAAGGAAAUUAAUCUGUAACCUGGUGAACUAAAUCUUGAAGUGACUUCCCUUCGAUUUGAUGAAUUUUUUUUAUACUUCUCUUCUGCGUUAGAUUCCAGAUAAUUAGUGUCAAAGUUGACAAUUUUAACAUAUAAGCAU